AUGGCUAUUGAAUUGGGACUUUCUCGUAUUACUAAACUACUAGAACAUUUAGGCAAUCCGCAAAACUCACUGAGAGUACUGCAUGUUGCAGGGACGAAUGGUAAGGGUUCAGUAUGCACUUACCUAUCCUCUGUAUUGCAACAAAAGUCCUACCAAAUUGGAAAAUUCACCACUCCACAUUUAGUGCAUGUUACCGAUUCCAUUACAAUCAAUAAUAAACCUAUCCCAUUAGAAAGGUAUCAAGAUAUUAGAUUACAGUUAGAAGCUCUAAACAAAUCACACUCCUUGAAAUGUACAGAAUUCGAAUUAUUAACAUGUACCGCCUUUAAAUACUUUUACGAUGUGCAGUGCCAAUGGUGUGUCAUAGAAGUAGGCCUUGGUGGAAGACUUGAUGCGACCAAUGUUAUUCCAGGCUCAAAUAAGGCAUGCUGCGGUAUUACUAAAAUCGGUUUGGACCAUGAAAGCUUUUUAGGAAACACUUUGUCUGAAAUUUCCAGAGAGAAAGCCGGUUUAAUUACUGAAGGGGUUCCCUUUGCAGUAAUCGACGGAACCAAUGAGCCAAGCGUCAUUAAAGUUGUUAAAGAUAGAUGUAGGGCUUUGGGGUGUAAACUUUUCGUUACAGAUUCUCAACUCAAUGGUAAUAUCAUUGAAACUAAAGCCUGGGGUUGUUUCAACUUGGAAGAACUACCGUUGAAUGGAGAGUAUCAGAUAUUCAAUCUUAGAGUAGCUGUGGGUAUGUUGGACUAUAUGCAAAUAAACGGACUUAUUGAUAUUAAUAAGAAUGAGGUGAUUGCGAGAUUAGCGAAAGUCGAUUGGCCUGGCAGAUUAUAUCGUAUGGAUUAUCGUUAUGACAAUUUGAGUAAUAGGACAUUAUCCAUACUAAUGGAUGGUGCCCAUAAUGGCUCUGCAGCAAUAGAGUUGGCUAAAUACCUAAGAAAGGAGUACGGAGACCAGCCUUUGACCUUUGUGAUGGCAGUAACGCAUGGAAAAAGUUUGGAGCCGCUACUUCAGCCGUUAUUACGGCCAGUGGAUCGAAUAAUUCUUACUCAGUUCAAUAACGUAGAAGGCAUGCCCUGGAUUCAUGCUGCAGAUCCCAAGGAAAUAAAAUCCUUUAUUUCAACUCACGGGUACACAAGUGAUGUAGCGAUUGAGAGUGAUUUGCAUCGGGUAUUGCCUUCUUUAGCAUAUGUAUCUGAAGAGCAAAGACGACCAAUUGUUGUGUGCGGUUCUUUGUAUUUAUGCGGUGAACUAUUACGUAUUCAUAACAGUCAUUUAUGA